UUUAAGAAAAAUGAUUGAAACGGAUGAAAAUCGGAGGAAAUUGGAAUAUUUUAUAAAAAAUUAACCAUAAUUGUCUCUCAUAGAUGAAAAGAACUAGUAUAGUGGCAAUAUGUGGUGGCGCCUAAAAUUAUGUGUGAAUUUAGUAUAUAUAAUAUAUAUAGUUAUAUAUACAUCGUAUACACAUAUAUACAUACUUCAACGAUCUCAAGCUAAAGUUGCGUUUUCUUUCAAGUUGCACGCGUGUGUUCCUUGGAACUUGCGGGAGCAUUAUGUUAUACGUGCCUAAAUAACGUUUUUGGUAAUGUUACUGCAGUAUUACGACUGUAUUAAAAAAGUUAUGUGCAGUGUCGUGUUGUGAUGUACCGAUGUGCCGAUAAAACAAUCGAUCUUUGUAAAUGUUUUACGUAUAUGGAAUCCAGGUGGCAGGUGCCUAGAAAGCAGCUGGUAAGAUGGGAAAGUUGUUGUCAAAAAUUUUUGGCAACAAGGAGAUGCGAAUUCUCAUGUUGGGAUUAGAUGCUGCAGGAAAAACUACAAUAUUGUAUAAACUUAAAUUAGGACAGUCUGUGACAACUAUACCGACUGUAGGAUUUAAUGUAGAAACUGUUACCUAUAAAAAUGUUAAAUUUAAUGUCUGGGACGUAGGUGGACAGGAUAAAAUACGUCCAUUAUGGCGUCAUUAUUACACAGGAACACAAGGUCUUAUUUUUGUAGUAGAUUGUGCAGACAGAGAUAGAAUUGACGAAGCACGUCAAGAACUCCAUCGGAUUAUAAAUGAUAGAGAAAUGCGUGAUGCUAUUAUUUUAAUUUUUGCUAACAAACAAGAUCUUCCUGAUGCGAUGAAACCCCAUGAGAUUCAAGAAAAGUUGGGGUUAACUAGGAUACGGGACAGAAAUUGGUAUGUUCAACCAUCAUGUGCUACAACCGGAGAUGGGCUUUAUGAAGGCCUUACAUGGUUGACUAGUAACCACAAAUUAUGAGCAAAUAUUUAUUUUUGAUCAAUUGGCUAAAUAUGGAAAAUAUACACCUGUAUUUUUAUUUUAAUUUAUCAUACGGAGGCUCUGUAAGGCACAAUUGACAUUGAUCGAGUCAAUGGGAUGAUUUCGAUAAAGAAAAGAUACUGCAAUUCAGAAAUGCUCCUUACAUACUGUGGUGUGUGUUCCAAUAAUAUUGAUAAAUAAGAGCAUAGUAAUAUAUCAUGAAGCCAACUAAGAGAAAUUGUAACCAUUAUUAUUAUUAUUAUUAUUAUUAUUAUUAAUUAGCUGUCCAUUGCCACCCAUAAGAUGUAAUUAAAACAUUAUCGAAUAGAAUUAUAUACUUUCAGACUGCAUUUUCUUAUAAUUUAAACACUUUUAGAAGCAUACAUAUUUAUAAAGAAUGUACUGUAACGAUUACAAAAAUAUUUUAACAUUCACAACUUUAGCUGUGGUAUUAAGGAAAUUGUACAUCCUUACAGAUUGACAUGCCUUCUUCUGACUGUAUAUUAUUACAAUGUUUUAAUGUGGUCAUAUACUAUAACAGUACAUUGAUACACUAUGUAAUGUAUAAUCUAAAUGAUAAUUCACUUUUUCUACAACAGGAUAUUCACAAAAUUCAUCCAGUCCAUGUAGUCUUCCAGUUCUAGUGAAGUACGUGAAAGUGUAAGUCCAAUUGCAUAAUAUCUCCCUGUCUUACUUUAUUUUUUUAUAUUAUUAGCAAUUCAUACACUUUCAUACUUCACUUUAAUUGAAAUUCAUUAAUAUCUUAUACAAAAUGGACAUGUUCUUUCGCACAAACUAUAAGGGGCAAAAUAUCGUAUGACUUGCAGUUAUACACAUUGAUACUAUCAGUUAAAGGAACAUGUUAUUAUAUAACAACAUUCAUACAUUGCCAACAUUUUUACUAUAUGCAAAAAUUAUUAUUAUUAAAUAAACAGUUAGAAUUAGGUUGCCAUAUUUCUGACACAAAUUGUAAGUUCUAUGAAAAAUGUAUCUUGCGAAUCCUUCAUUACUUUUUUAUAAUUAGUAGGAUAAGAACUGAAACAUGAAUUAAUAUUCACAAUUGUUUAAUUAAAUUAUAAAUUCCAGUUUUUAUAUACUUAAAAAGAAAGAAAAAAGAAAUACAAGUUAACAUUAUAUAUUAAUAAUCACAAUUAUAAGUCUAUAAAAACUGUUCCUUUAAUAAUUCAUAUUAGGCGACUUUCAUAAAAUCUCAAGUUGAAAAACAAAGGAACACUCUGUGCAAAAAUAUGAUCUAGAUUUAGAGAAGGAUAAUAAAAAUCGGGCUUUGGAAUAACAUGGUACUUUCUUUACCGAUAUGCAAUGAUCCUAAUGAAGGCUCUAUGGCUAUAUUAUUGAUACCAAUUCAUAACUCAUUUCAUAUUGCAAUGGAUCGACUAAUAAAAAUUUUCUUUGAUUUUUAAGUACAAAGCUUUUUAUUAAAUUUUCUUCUUUCACUACCCAUUACAUAGUUCAUACAAAAUUAAACUUAAUCAAUGCAUUCCAAUAUCUCUUCAGUUAUUCUACACAAACAUCCAUACAAUUUAACUAUCAUAUAAAAUCGUAUAUUUCAGAUAUUAAUAUAUAAUAAAUAUUAAUACUGAAGAGAAAGUGAUAUAGAAUUCUAUGUUAUUCCACAAGAAGUCAUACUUUUUUAUAUGCUCCAUUGUAUAUAAAACCAUAAGUAUUAUACGGGAUUGAUAAAAAAAUAUAAGCAUAAAUAAUAUCAUUAAAGUCAUGAUGAAAUAAAGAAUGUGCACACUACUUAUCUAUCUCACUUAUAUUGUGUUAUAUUUUAUAUCGACAUUUUUAAAAAAUUAUGAAACUUAUGUACAAUCUAAUCGUUAGUAUACAAUAUAAUUUUAAACGUUUAAUGUUAUUUCAAAAGUUUCUUAUUGAUUCAUAUGUGCACAAUCAUGUAUCUGUUUAUUUUCAAUGUAAAACAUGACUCUUAUUAAUGUCAUGCAAUUUUGCAUAUUUAUUCCUAUUAUUAUAAUAAAGGAAAUAUGAACAAAAUUGAAAGACAUUGAUAUAUAACCAUAGAGUACUUGUUGUAUUAAUAACAAGCCAAAGCCUGAGCACUCUAUAAUAAAUUUAUAGCACUUUUUUCAAUAUUACAUUUUAUUGUGCAUAUAAUGACUAUUUAACUAAUAGCAAUACAAUAAUAGGUUUUGCCGAGAACGGAGUAAUAAAAUCACUUAUGUACAAAAUAUAGACUUGAUUCUCAUACUUGUUGAUUACUUAUAAAUUGAUAUUACUAUGCAAAAAUAUUUUCCUGCCGCCCGAUGUAAAAUUAUCAUAUGCGCAGAUCUAUACAGGAAAUAGAUCAGUGCUGAAAAUAAGUUAUUAAUAAAAUUGCUUAUAUUAUAUGCCCUUCAUUUCCUUUUUCCAAUUUUGUUUUUCAAUUUUGCUCGACAGCAGAUUAUAUAUUUAUAAUAGUAUCAUGUUAAAUGACAUGCAAGUUAAUCUCAACUGGUAUCAAUUUUGAUUGAUGCAGAUGUCACAUCAAAUAAUUAUAUGAGCAUACACACAUCUUUGUAAAAAAUAUUUUGCUUUUCUAUUAAUAGAGUUAACAAGAUAUGUAUAAACAUUAUGUCAAACUUGGGGGCCACAUGUUAUUAAGUGCUAAAUCAUGAAGACAUUGGAAAAUAAGCUGUAUUAGUUUACUCCAUAUUAUCUGCACUAACAGCCAAAAAUUCCUUUGCAUCAAAAAAUAAGAAAUUACGACACAAAAAGUAAAAAAAUAAAAAACCUGGCUUUUGCCUUUAAUAGACUAAAAAUUAUGUCAUAUAUUUAUAUAUUUUUGCUAUUAAAUAUUAUUAAUUUAAAAAAAAAAAAAAAAAGAAAAAAAAGAAAAGAAAGAAUCUUGAUCGGUAAACAUUGGAAUUGUAUUCAAUCUCUUUUGCAGUCUUUCAUAAAAAUACAGAAAAUAAUGUAAUAACAUAUGUGACUUUUGAAAUAAUACAAAUAUUUAAAAACUUGAUAGAGAUAGUAAAGGUGCAAUUGGAUUUUCCCGGUUUUUAGUGUAUGUAAAACACUAUUAUAGCACAAUCCAUAUAUACUUCUACAAUAAACAUAUUAGUUAUAUGGAAAUUUUUAUAAAAUGGAAGUUAAAGUAAUUUAAAAACUAUACAUGUUUAUGUACAUUAUUAUAAUUUGUAUAAUAAAGAUUUCUUUAAAUUCCUGAAUUCAAUGCUUAAAGCAUAUUUGAAAUAAUAAAUUCUAUUUUUUUUUUUUUUUCUUUUUUCACAAAGGGAAAUAUAUAAAAGGACACUAUAACAUAACACAAACAUAUAUUUAUAUGAUUCCUUUUAAAAUGAUUCAUUUAUCUUAUAAUUAUAACAAUUAUGCCUGUAGUAACAAAUGCUUGUCAUUAAUUCAUUAAUAAUUCAUUAAAUUAUUUCAAAUAUUAAUCAAAUUAGCAAGAUUAUUAUGAUUAUCUAGUCGCAAGAAUCAUACAAAAUACAUGAUUUUGCAUAUAUGUAUCUUAUAUAUCUGUACAACACUGUUACCUUAAUUUAUUAUAUAGUAUAAUUAAACUUUAUAUUUGAGAAAAAGUAACCCACAUAUUUUUUCCUAUGAGUUCACAUGUCUUUUUUGAGAUUCACAUUAUAGUCAUUAAGAUUCUGAAACUGUCAAAUUCGGAUUAUGCACUUAUACGUGUGCAUAUAUGAUAUCAGUGGAGUAUCCAAAGAUCUAUUUCUGUUCAAUGUCUAAUUUUUCGGGUCUUAAUAUUUUUUUGUAGUUAAAUAAAAAGCUCCCAUUAUUUUAUAUUAUAA